AUCAUCAGCGCCGCAGGUGAAACCGGUGUUUAUGGGCAAAGCGUGGUUUCUGAAGCACUCACACACCCGCUGUAGUAUUUGUCGCGGCUGAUCUGUCACAGCUUGCUCAUCGUGCCGGCCCGGUAGCAACAUGAGCAUCUUCGGAGCCAUCGUAACGGGACGCCUGGUGCAGACGGACUUUCAGACCGUCGACCAGACCAAGUUUCUCAUCAACAUACCCGAUCCGGACAGCAUCAACCACAUAGUGGUCUUCCUCACGGGCACCCAACCCUUUCCCGACGGCUUCGGAGGCUCAGUGUACUUCUGCUACCCCAGCCCUGACGCAGUGGGAAACUGGCAGCUUCUCGGAUUCAUAUCCAACGCCAAGCCGAGCGCCAUCUUCCGGAUCUCCAAGCACAGAAAAGAGUGUUCGGAGAUGCACGCAUUCUCGGCGCACGGCUUCAGCAGCGUGGCCCAGCUGGGUAUCUCGGUCGAGCCGCUGGCCCAGAUCCAGUUCCAGGCGUCUUCUCCGGCGGACGCGACGACCGUUGACUCGCACACCGAGUUCUGCACCAAGAUGGCGGAGAGCUUGUUCAACCACCUGGCCUCCUACGGCGGCUCCGUCGCGGUGCCCACGCAUCCGGGCGAAAGCUUCUUCCCCAUGCGGGCGCUGGAGCAGUGGUACUCCAACUUCCGGCGCCGACUCGAGCAGAACCCUAAUUUCUGGAAGGGCACGCAAUAAAGAGAAUGUGUUUUUGUA